AUGGUUCCAUAUCCCACAGUUGCCCUCAACUUCUGCAAAUGCCUCCUAAUCACCAAGCCUGCUUCCGUGUAUUCAGCGCCGACCGGUGCGGCGACGACCGAGCCGCCGCGUGCCGCGACUGUGACAGUGAUCGAGCCGCAAGUGCUUCUCCUGUCGCUCUCCGUGCUCCAGUCGCGCGUGUCGCAUCUGCAGGCCCUCCUGGGGAUGCUCGCUCAGCCGUCGUCAGCGCUGAAGGUUGACGAGGCGCCUUACGAGCAGGCGGCUGUAGCAGUGGGGACCAUGAUCCGACAGCUGGCUGUAGCGGCCGUCUCGCUGCUGCCGCCCAACCAGCAAGCUGCUGUACUUCAGGCUGAGCCUCUGCUACAGCCGGCGGGGGCUCUCGAGUCAUCCAAUCCGCCUCCCGCCGCUAGCGGAACUCCGUCAAUCGCCGAUGGGGAAACUCAAAAUCCGGUUUCCGCUAUACUUGCUCCGACCACCACCCACUCUGCUGCUGCUCCGGAAGCAGCGACGUGGAUUUCUCCGGAGUUGAAAUCCAGCUCAACAGCUGCCGAGCCUGGGGAGCCUCGGCAAGAGCCUGUCGGAGAGGCACGGGCGGAGGUGGCGCCGGAUGCAACACCGAUGCGCGACCCGACACUUGACGCGCAGAGUUGGAUCGCGGUCGGGAGGAAAAGAGGUCGCAACGACGAGUGCGAAACGGAACCUGCUGCAGAAGCCGCCUGCUCUGCCGAACCCCUCCAAAAAAGCAACUUGUGCGCUAGUGUACCAACCCCCCGUUACAUGAACACUAGUGAGCUGCGGUCUCCAGGCCUUGGAGUUGCCGUUGCGGCAGAGCCUGAUCCGCAUAGCGGCAUGGAAAUUGCGGGAGACAUGGAAGCUGGGGGCUAUGAGGAGAAAUUGGUGGAGGAUGUGACUGGUCCGACUGGAGCAAAUUCAUGCGGACUUCCUACUGCCGGUGUAGUGUCGGAGAUGUUCAGCUGCCCGGCUGCAGGCUGCCCGUUCAACAAGCAGCACCCGGGGUUCCGCGCAUUCAAGUCGAAGGCGUCGCUGCGGAACCACUACCGUCGGACGCACGCUGGUGAGGCGCUGCUGUGCUCGCGGUGCGGCAGCAAGUCGUUCUGCCUGCCGGCCGACCUGGAGGCUCAUGAGAGGCGGUGCGGGCCACGGCGGUGGCAGUGCUCCUGCGGCAACUCGUUUAGCCGAAAGGACAAGCUCGCCAAUCACUUGAAGCCACGUCCCCAGCAGGAACUCUCAGCACAUGGGCUGCCAAACCACCCACCACCCCUUCAUCAUGGGUUUGAUUCCCAAGGACCCUCUCCGAGUGACCCACCGGGGAGUUCAACUCAGCAGCAAGCCUUCCGGGCGUCAGCAGUAGACGGCAGGCUGUUGCCAGGUGGUGGGACAAUGAGAGUACAGCCAUCCCAUCAUGGUUCCCAAAAGCCCUGUCUCAGUGGCUUUCCGGGGAGUACAGCUCAACGACCGCAGCCCUCCCGAGCCUCAAAGGUAGAAGGCGGGCUGCUGCGGAUUGGUGCAAUGAUGAGAAUGCAGCCACCACCCCAUUCCCAGGAGCGGCGGCCCUGUCCCAGUGAUCCUCCGGGACCUUCAGCCCAGCAGCAGGCCUCCCGGGCCUCACAGGUAGACAGCAGGCUCCUGCCGGGUGGUGUGACAAUGAGAAUGCAGCCGCCACCCCGUUCCCAGGGGCCCUGUCGUCCCGGCGACCCUCCGGGGAGUUCUGCUCAACGGCAGGCCUACCGGGCCUCACAGUCGAACGGCAGGCUGCUGCUGGGUGGUGACACGAUGGCAAAGCAUCCAUCAACCCAUCGUCAUUCCCAAGGACACUCAGGGCACGGUGACCCUCGGCGGAGUUCAGCUGAACGGCAGGCCCUCCGGGCCUCACAGGUGGAGGAGGAGGAGGAGGAGGAGGAGGAGGAGGAGGAGGAGGAGGAGGAGAAGGAGGAGGGGGAGGAGGAGGGGGAGGAGGAGGAAGAGGAGGAAGAAGAAAAUAAAGAAGCAGAACAGGCACACCAGCAGCAAGGGAAGAAGCAGCAGCAGGAGCAGGAGCAGGAGCAGGAGCAGGAGCAGGAGCAGGAGCAGGAGCAGGAGCAGGAGCAGGAGCAGGAGCAGGAGCAGCAGCAGGAGCAGGAGCAGGAGCAGGAGCAGCAGCAGGAGCAGCAGCAGGAGCAGCAGCAGGAGCAGGAGCAGGAGCAGCAGCAGGAGCAGCAGCAGGAGCAGCAGCAGGAGCAGCAGCAGGAGCAGGAGCAGGAGCAGCAGCAGCAGCAGCAGCAGGAGCAGCAGCAGGAGCAGCAGCAGGAGCAGCAGCAGGAGCAGCAGCAGCAGCAGCAGCAGCAGCAGCAGCAGCAGGAGCAGCAGCAGCAGCAGCAGGAGCAGCAGCAGCAGCAGCAGCAGGAGCAGCAGCAGCAGGAGCAGCAGCAGCAGGAGCAGCAGCAGCAGGAGCAUGCUCGGGAGAAGCAGGCUGAGGAGAAGCAGGCUCAGGAGAAGCAGGCUCAGGAGAAGCAGGUUCAGGAGAAGCAGGCACGGGAGGCGCAGCGGAAGCAGCAGUGCGACACAGUGGCAGUGGCGAUAGUUGGCAUGAUCAAGAGCCUCGCAGUGGCCGCUGCCAGCCUGCUGCCUCCCCACCAGCAGCACAUCGCUCUCCUUCCCCUAUUCCCUCUACUGCCAAACCUGCAGGGUAUGGAGGUUAAAGAGGAAGAGGAGGAGGUAGAGGAAGAGGAGGAGGAAGAGGAAGAAGAAGAGGAAGACGAAGAAAAAGAGGAAAAGGAAGAGGAGAUGGGAGAGUCCGAUGACAAAGACGAGGAAGAGGGAGAAGGCAUGGAGGAGGAAGAGGAUUCAAAUGGGGAGCAGCAUUGGUUGCAGGAGAGGGAACAACAGCAAUUGGGAGCAGGAGGAGGCAAGGUGCAACUGCGGCCACAAUUCUCAGGAACAAGUCGUUCGAUCAUGGAGGAGCGACUCAGUGCCGCUAAAAAGGGUAGCUUGGCAAGGGAAGCCGGGCAGAAGCGCAAGCAGCACGAGGAGGAGCAUUGGGACGGGGAGCAGGGCGAUGGGGAGCAGCAUGAGGGGGAGGUGACUCCUCGUAGGCGCAAGAACUGCCCAGAGCCAGGCUGCCAGCACAACAAGCAGCACUUUCGCUUCCGCCCGCUCAGGUCCCUUGCCUCGCUGCACACCCACCACCGCCGUGUGCACAGCACCAAGCCCUUCACCUGUUCCCGCUGCCAGGUGAACCUUUUUUUCUUUACUCCACUUCAUCUCUCCUCCUCUCUCCGCUGUUUGCUCAAGUCCCUUGCCUUGCUGUACACCCAUCACCUACCCAUGCACAGCGCCAACCCUUUCACGUGCUCCCGAUACCAGAUCAAGUCCUUCCCCCUCCACGAGAAGCAGUGCAGUGUGAAGCGGUGGCACUGCUCCUGCUGCUCACUCAAACUUCUCUUCCCUCCCUAUCCCCCUCUCCCUUACCCUCAGGUCAAGUCCUUUGACCUUCAGUCCGACAUGCGAACACCCGAGAAGCAGUGCGGUGUAAAGCGACCUGUGGGACAACAAGAAGCAGUGCGGUGUAAAGCGGUGGAAUUGCUCCUGCUAGAGCUCACUCACACUCCUCCCCCCUCCCUUUCCCCCUCUCCCUUCCCCUCAGGUCAAGUCCUUUGGCCUUCAGGCAGACCUGUGGGACAACAAGAAGCAGUGCGGUGUAAAGCGGUGGAAUUGCUCCUGCUAGAGCUCACUCACACUCCUCCCCCCUCCCUUUCCCCCUCUCCCUUCCCCUCAGGUCAAGUCCUUUGGCCUUCAGGCAGACCUGUGGGACAACAAGAAGCAGACAAGUCUUUUGGCCUUCGGUCCGACAUGCGAACACACGAGAAGCGGUGCGGUGUGAAGCGGUUGCACUGCUCCUGCGGGAACUCCUUCAGCAGAAAGGACAAACUAUUCAACCAUCUCAACACGUUCACAGACCACUCGUCUCUCUUCAACCUCCAACCAGUUGCCGUUCCCGUUCAGCCAAAGCAGAAGGUGCAGCAGAGGAGACAGACGCUGCAGGCCCAAACGCAGCAGGUAGCAGUGUCAAAUCAUCUUGAGAUGCAGACGAAUCAGCUACAGGGGGAUAUGAAGCUUCUAGAGGAGCAGACGAACCAGCUAGAGGCGCAUAUGAAGCUGCUAGACGCCCCUCAAAGCGCCAGCUGCAUGAGGGUGGAACAAGGUGCCCCACCCUUGCCCCAGCAGCACCCCUCCCCACCCUUGCUGCAGCAACGCCCCUCCCUCCCGUUGCCACAGCAGCACCCCUCGCAGCAGCACCCCUCCCUAACCCCACAAUCAGCACAGGCAAUCAGUGCAGUCACUGCAUUCAAGGCAGUCAACGUGGCCUAUGCAACCCUCUCCACCUGUGCAGCCCCAGCUGCUUGA